GGGACGACUCCAUGCGGAUGUCCCAGCUGAAGGUGGGGUCGUUGACGGACAUCCUGCAGAUCGGUGAGACGGACCUGGGCCAGCUGGUGGCCACUGUCGUCGCCCCCUCUGGCCGGGAGGAGUCCUGCCUCCUGAAGCGGCUUCGCGACGGCAACAUCGGCAUCUCCUUCACCCCCAAGGAGGUGGGCGAGCACGUGGUGAACAUCAAGAAGAACGACCGCCACAUCGCCAACAGCCCCAUCACCGUCAUGAUCAACCAGUCCGAGGUGGGCGACGCCGGGCGGGUUCGCGUCACCGGCCCGGGGCUGACGGAGGCUCACACCUUCGAGCCGGCUGACUUCACCAUCGACACCAGGGAGGCCGGUUAUGGUGGCCUGGGCCUCUCCAUCGAGGGCCCCAGUAAAGUGGAUAUCAGCACGGAGGAGCUGGAUAACGGCAGCUGCAAAGUCACCUACUGCCCUACCGAGCCCGGCAACUACAUCAUCAACAUCAAGUUUGCCGACCAGCAUGUGCCAGGCAGCCCGUUCACGGUGAAGGUGACAGGCGAGGGCCGAGUGAAGGAGAGUAUCACGCGGAGACGAAAGGCUGCGUCGGUCGCCAACGUCGGCAGCCAGUGCGACCUCAACUUGAAGAUUCCCGAGAUAAAUGUGGGGGACAUGACCGCCCAGGUGACGAGUCCUUCCGGAAAGAUCCACGAAGCGGAGAUCAUGGAGGGCGAGGAGAGCACGUACUGCAUCCGCUUCGUGCCGACGGAGAUGGGCGUCCACACGGUCAGCGUGAAGUACCGGGGCCAGCACGUCCCCGGCAGCCCGUUCCAGUUCACCGUGGGGCCGCUGGGCGAGGGCGGCCCACACAAGGUGCGAGCCGGGGGCCCCGGGCUGGAGAGGGCCGAGGCCGGCAUUCCAGCCGAGUUCAACAUCUGGACGCGGGAGGCGGGAGCCGGCGGCCUGUCCAUUGCUGUCGAGGGCCCCAGCAAGGCCGAGAUCGCCUUCGAGGAUCGGAAAGACGGUUCAUGUGGAGUGUCCUACGUCGUACAGGAGCCCGGUGACUACGAGGUGUCGAUCAAGUUCAACGACGACCACAUCCCAGACAGCCCCUUCAUCGUGCCCGUGGCCUCCCCGUCCGACGACGCCCGCCAGCUCACUGUUACGAGUCUUCAGGAGUCGGGCCUAAAAGUUAACCACCCAGCAUCCUUUGCUGUCUGCCUGAACGGGGCAAAGGGCAUGAUAGAUGCCAAAGUGCACAGUCCGUCAGGGGCGCUGGAGGAGUGUUGUGUAUCCGAGAUUGAUGAAGAUAAGUACGCGGUGCGAUUCAUCCCCCGGGAGAACGGCAUCUACCUGAUUGACGUGAAGUUCAACGGCUCACAUAUCCCCGGAAGCCCGUUCAAGAUCCGCGUGGGCGAGCCGGGCCAGGCCGGCGACCCGGGAAUGGUGUCGGCGUCGGGACCCGGACUGGAGGGCGGCGUUACUGGCGUCCCCACCGAAUUCGUCGUCAACACCUCGAAGGCCGGGCCGGGCGCCCUCUCCGUCAGCAUCGACGGGCCGUCCAAGGUGAAGAUGGACUGCCGGGAGUGUGCUGAAGGCUACCUGGUGACCUACACCCCACUGGCGCCUGGCCACUAUCUCAUCUCCAUCAAGUAUGGUGGCCCCUACCACAUCGUGGGCAGCCCCUUUAAGGCCAAGAUCACCGGCCAGCACCUCGUAACCAGCCACAGCCUCCACGAGACGUCCUCGGUCCUGGUGGACGCUGGCAGCAGGACCCUGGCGGCCGCCCCGCGCAGCGCCAGCCCCAAGCCGCCCUCCGACGCCAGCAAGGUGGCGGCCAAGGGCCUCGGCCUCAACAAGGCCUUCGUCGGGCAGAAGAACUCCUUCACCGUGGACUGCAGCAGAGCAGGUUCGAACAUGUUACUUGUUGGUGUCCACGGCCCCAAGGUGCCCUGCGAAGAGGUUCUGGUGAAGCACCUGGGGGGCAAACUCUACAGCGUGUCCUACAUCCUCAAGGAGAAAGGCAACUACACCCUUGUGGUGAAGUGGGGAGACGAUCACAUCCCCGGCAGUCCCUUCCAAGUCACUGUCCCCUGAUCCAACCCACCCCCCUACCAGCUUUGCACUCUGUUCCUGACUCCUGCUUCUGACCAUUAAAAUGCUUGUGGUGUAGUUCGGGGUGGAGAGAGCUGGCGGGGUGUGUGGCAUUGGGGGGGGUAGGGCGGGGGAAUAGCUUCUCCAGCACCCGCCUGCCCUUUCCGUGCUCUGGGUUUUGUCCGCUGAGAGAGUGGACACCUCCCCCGAUUAAGCGUCUGUCUCUCUUCGCCGGAGGGGUGUCACUCACUGUCAGGAUCUCUGGCCGGUGCUUUGGCUCUGUAGCCUUCCAUGGGCUGGGUUGUCUCUCUUUUCCUUAUAGCGCACAUCGCAACCAAAAACGACCAAUUAAAACUAUUGUAUAAUAA